AUCGCAGUACGCGCUUUGCGAGCUGGCAACAUUCCGAAGCUGCACGCCACACUCGCUUGCUAGCUGACCUCGUCAUGGCGACCAACAGCACCACCCCCGCCACCAUAGAACGAUGCACGCUUCUCAACGGCACCUUCAACAACCUCAUUCAAGUCAUGCUGGGUCUCAUCGCGUUGUCGGUGCUCAUCUUCAAGCGCUACCACGAACGACCUCGUCGACCGCUCAGGAUUUGGAUGUUUGACGCGUCCAAGCAGCUCAUUGGGGCAGGUGUGGCACAUGCCGCGAACCUCGCGAUCGCCAUCACCCUCUCGGGUCUCGCCAAAGGACAAACGGGCGCCGAUCAGUGCGCGUUUUACUUUGUCAACUUUACAUUGGACACGACAUUCGGGGUUGCGGUCAACUACCUCUUGCUGAAAGCGCUCGUGUAUUUCGCGGUCAAAUAUAACGUCACUGCGCUGCAAGUGCCUGGAGACUACGGUCAUCCCAUUCAAGUUCGCGUCUGGGCGAUUCAACUAGUUACGUGGCUGGUGAUCAUUUGCUCGACCAAAAUCUUGAUUGGGGCAGUGAUCUUUGGCCUGGAGACACCGUUGGGGGACGUUGCCGCCUGGUUGUUCAGUCCAUUUGGCGACUUGCCCAAAGUCGAACUUGUGAUUGUUAUGGUCGCAUGCCCCGUGCUCAUGAACGGCCUGCAGUUUUGGAUUCAAGACAACUUUCUCAAGAAACAAGUGCCCGAUAUGGACGCUGUCCCAUCUUCCGAUGACGCGGACGUUCCUGGAGACGCCCCCGUGGAUAGUGACUCGAUCAAGUCGGUGUAAUCGGCGACCUGGGAUGUUGUGGCUCACGCGUCGAAAUUAAACGCAAACGAUAUUGUCGAUUUUCUUCAAAUUUCCCAAUU